UGGCACCACUCGGUUAGAAAUAUUUUUGAACAAUUUAACAUUUCAUAAGCGUGUAGAAAGACAGUUUUGGAAGUUGGCAACGCUGCUCGUUGAGUUCCAGACAAACUCGAAAGAAAAGGUGAUACGGCGUCCAUAAAGCAUAUCAGAAGUCUUACAAUUGAGCAUUGCCAAAUUCAAGUGCAAUAGAAAGAUCAUUCAUAAAUAGUGCUGUUAAAAUUUAGCAUACAUCUCAGGGGAAAAAAUUACCUGUUAAAAUGAUUUACGAGCAUUACGAUUCAUCGGAAGAAGAACCUGACUUUUGUUUGCCCCAAACGAAAAAUCAGCAAGAACCGGAGCGUGAUGAAAAUUCGAAGGGGAAUCAUCCCGUUGAAUGGGUGUUUAGGAGACAUACCCUUCAGGAACUCUACCCAAAAACUCCGGAUUCGGGUAGCGGGAAAGACUUUUUGCCUGGUGCCUACUGGCCUGUGUACGUCAACGGUUUCAAAGUGGAAUCCACCGACCAAGCGGAUUGGUACGAUCAAGUGGCCAACUAUUUCGCCCAUCACGGGCUGCUAACGCGAAUGGUGUACUUUCAUCUGCCUGAGGGAAGAUUUUCCGAACAUCAGUUGAAGUAUCAAGUAAUGGAUAUGUUAGUCUACUUUGUUUCGCAGAAAGAUGCCCAGAGAGCUAUUCAAGUUUGUCACAGGGAAUCAUACUACGGAUACAAGCUGAAUGUGCUGUGUGGGCGAGAGCCGCAGCUUUUCGAUGUGAGCAGAAGUUUUGUUGCAAAAGAUUUUGCGGCCGAUUCCGGUCAAAGAGGCUGUGAAUUCCCAACGGAAUUUAGAUUGGAGUAUCGCCUUGAGAUGUUUGGAAAUGUAGAAUAUACCAACAGGGUUUCGCUGGAAGAAAUUGCUUUUCAGUUUGAAUCAAGAGAAGCGAUGAUCAACGCUCUGGAGAAGGUGAACCAAUUCACACCGGCCGAGAAUAAGCUGCCGCACAUGCAACGUUACCUAGAAAAGGAUGUUCUUGAAAGUAUUAAACAGAGGAUUCAAACCGAUCCCAGUUUCAUGGAUUCGAUGCCUAAGCCGCACAUUUUGCAAUAUUUUCUAGACGGAGUGCAGCCCGAAAUAAGCACUCCGUGGAAAAACCAUAGAAGACCAUUUGUUUCAAAGCAAGUUAAAAGAUUCCCGAAAGAGCAUGGUCACGGUAGCUUUUCAAACGGCAAUAAUCGAAGGCAAAAUAACAAACGAUCACUUGAAAGAGUAGAAGGAAACAACAAAUUCCAUCGGGAAAGUGCUUUGGUAAAUUCAUUCGUUUCAACUUUUGACGAUCCAAAGUUUAACCAUCAAAAAAGAAAUAGGACCCCAAUGUUCAACAGGAAAAAGAGGAAAACCGAUCAUCGACGCUUCUAACCUGUGCAAAGACUUUUGAUGGAUACACCGAUUCAAUUUCCUUUCUUUUGUCGUAUUACUGAUCUUCAACGACUCACAGUUAAGCAUGCAGAAAAACCUCCCGAGAACCAAUGAAAAAUUAUUACAAAACGAAAUAGUCACAUUAUGGAUGUGUAAAUCUUCAGUGUUGAUUGCGUAUAUAAAAGAUGAAAUUCAAGAGUGUUUCAUAGCGAGUGUGGAAGAAGGAUCAACUAUGGUCAGUUGGCCUUGUUUUUAUUUUCAACUCAGCGCUAGUAGACACUAGGUGGAGCUAGAGGAAGCGUUAGCGCACCAAACGCUCCCAUUGCAUACAAGACAUGAAGAGGGGAAUCAUCAAAUGUGGGCUUCAAAAUGUGUGUCCUGGAUAAAAAGUUGAAUAGAAAUACUUCUACGAAAAAUCUAGAUGAAUUCAAACAUAAACAUAGUAGGUAUCACUUAUUCAUAGUUGAGGAUAGGUUCAUUUUUCUUGUAUUCAUGAGAAUCAUACUAUAACUUAAGGAUAAUUUAUACUAACAAAAAUGUAAUUUUGUACACAA